AUGAAGCCACCCAGCAAUGGGCACCCAACACAGAGAUGUUCUAUAAGAAGUUCUCGCCAGAGUACACGUAUGGGGAGGGGCCGAGACGCCUACGCAAUCUGUACUUUGUCUAUCUGUUCAUCUUGAGAGCAAUCGAGAAGGUGUGUUGUUGGGGUUACGAAGGUUGCCGACGUGAGUAG